AGUGCUCAAAUCUCAGGCCAACGAGACCGGACCCUUGCUCUCCAAUCCUUUCCUCAUUUCCUCUUGCUUAUACUCCGUUUCGUGUUCUGGCAACCCAGCGCGUAGAUCUUGGACGAGAAUUUCUCCGCAAGCUCUCUGAUUUUUGUUCUCGCGCCGCUUAGCGCUUCAACCCCAAAAUUCUUGCCUCCGAAACUUGGGCUGUAGCCAAGAAGAUGAACAAGGACAAGGCUCCGAUGCCGGGAGACGGCGGCUCCGGCGACGGCUUGCCGCCUCAGGCCGUGCGCCGUGCCGGAGCGCCGCCCUCGUCGUCGACCCCGCCGCCGGAGUACGACAUCAGCCGCAUGUCGGACUUCCCUACCCGGAACGCCGGCCACCGGCGCGCGCACUCCGAGAUCCUGAGCCUGCCCGACGACCUCGACCUCAGCGCCCCCCGAGGCGGCGACGGGCCGUCUCUGUCGGACGAGAACGACGAGGAGCUCCUCUCCAUGUUCCUUGACGUGGACAAGCUGAACUCGUCGUGCGGGGCGUCGUCGGAGGCCGAGGCUGAGUCGUCAUCUGCCGCAGGUGGCGGGGGUGAGGGGGCUGAGCUGAGCCCCGCGCCGAGGCCAAGGCAUCAGCACAGCCAGUCCAUGGACGAGUCCAUGUCGAUCAAGGCGGAGCAGCUGGUGGGGGCGCCGGGGAUGGAGGGGAUGUCGUCCGCAGAGGCCAAGAAGGCAGUGUCUGCGGCGAAGCUGGCUGAGCUUGCUCUUGUUGACCCAAAGAGGGCAAAAAGGAUUUGGGCUAAUAGACAAUCUGCUGCAAGAUCGAAGGAAAGGAAGAUGCGCUAUAUAGCUGAACUCGAGCGCAAGGUGCAAACCCUGCAAACAGAAGCCACAACAUUGUCAGCUCAGCUGGCAUUGCUGCAGAGAGACACCACUGGGCUAACAACUGAGAAUAGCGAAUUGAAGAUACGCCUGCAGACCAUGGAGCAGCAAGUCCACUUACAAGAUGCUUUGAAUGACACUUUGAAAGCGGAGGUCCAGCGGCUGAAGGUAGCGACAGGACAGGUGGGCAAUGGUGGUGGAGGGAUGAUGAUGAACUUCGGCACCAUGCCACGCCAGUUUGGAGGGAACCAGCAGAUGUUCCACAACAACCAAGCGAUGCAAUCCAUGAUGGCGACACACCAGCUCCAGCAGCUCCAGCUCCAUUCCCAGCCUCAGCAACAGACGCUGCACCCUCAGCACCAGCAGCCAUUGCACUCGCUGCAGACGCAGCAGCUCCAGCAGGCGGCAAGGGACCUCAAGAUGAAAGGGCAUCUGGGUGCCCAGGGCCAGUGGGGCGAUGGAAAGUCCGGCAGCAGCGGCAGCUGAACCCACUGGCACUGAAAGUUUGGUGUAAGCGGCGGUUAGCAGUGGGGAUUGCUUGUUUUGGGGAUGUCGCUGUGCAGGUGUAGUUAUCGUUAGCUCAGUUGUUUUAUCUAUAGGCUCAACUUCAGUUUAUCGUUAACUGCACACUUUUGUUUGUAUCUCUUUGUGAGUUUAAGGGUUAAAAAAUGGUUGGAAUUAAGGGCUUCAGAUGAAAUCUCCCGUUUUGGUCGUGUA